UUUUGAAUUAAAUUAUAUAAAUAAUUAUGGCAAACGUGUUCUUUGAUAUCUCCUUUGGUGGAUAAUAACCCUAAAGAAUAGUAUUCAGGUUAUAUGAUGAUGUUGUUCCAAAGACAGCUGCUAAUUUCAGAUAACUUGCAUUAAAUAGUACAUAUUUAUAUCUAAAAUUCACAGAACCUGGAGAAGGAUAUAAGGGAUCUCCAUUCCAUAGAGUUAUUACAGAUUUCAUGGCCCAAGGUGGUGAUUUCACUAAGUAAAAUGGAACAGGAGGAAGAUCCAUUUACGGAGAAAAGUUUCCUGUAAACAUUUAGUUUUUAACAUUAGGAUGAAAACUUUAAAAUCAAACACACUAAACCAGGACUUUUAUCAAUGGCUAAUGCAGGUCCAAAUACAAAUGGAUCAUAAUUCUUUAUCACAUUUGUUCCAUGCCCUUGGUUAGAUAACAAGCAUGUAGUAUUCGGAGAAGUUGUUGAUGGAUGGCCCACAUUAGAAUUAUUGAAAAAAAGUAAUCAUCUUAAUUAUCAACUACUUUAGAUUCAUCAUAAUAAGGAUAACCAAAGACCUAAAUCAAAAUCGCUGAUUCAGGAACAUUAUGAAAAUAUAAUACAUUCAUUAUACAAACAAAUUUCAUUUACCUUU